GAGUAUGUGACUGCGCAUGCGUCGCGCCGCAGACUGCGAGCCCGGCUUGAAUCGAGGAGGAAGCGCAGCUUAUUUGGCCUCAAUUGCUUGUGUCCCUUAGUGAGGACGACUGAACCACCGUGCACCUGCCGUAUUCUCUCAUCGGGACGGAAACCUAACAGAACCGCGCGGUCGUGUGUUUUUGGAGUGUUUCAACACAAAGCCUCAAUGGAGUCUGAUGGGAGGAGAGAGCAGCUGAAGACUAACCUCAAACACUGAGACGGUCUCCACGAGGAUCUGAGCUGUCCCACUAUGAAGCUCAAGAGAUUGGUGACUUUCUGGAUUGCAUGUAUAUGCUUGUUGGAAUGUCGAGCGGACAAAUCCAAUCCUGUAAGCCCAGACCCCUUACAAUCGGACAACAGUGUCUCAGAGUUUUGCCGCAUUGACGAGCUGCUCUGCCAGGAUGAGAUCGCCAUCCUCAGUUUUGAGGCCAUCCGCAGCAUUCACAAGCAAAUGGACGACGAUGCCAAUGGCAAUGUGGAUGUUUCGGAAACCGAUGGGUUUUUAAGAGAGGACCUCAACUACCAUGACCCCAAAGCCAAGCACAACAGUUUCCACGGUGACGACCAGCUCAUAAGCGUGGAGGACCUGUGGAAUGCCUGGAAGAGUUCGGAAGUGUAUAACUGGACCGGUGAUAAGGUUGUGGAGUGGCUUAUUGACUAUGUCGAGCUGUCACAAUAUGAAGAAGCCUUCCGGAAGUUUAAUUUCAACGGCACAUCCAUGCCCCGAUUGGCGGUAAAGAAUGUUACUUUGACACAGACCGUCCUGAAGAUUCUGGACCGGAGUCACUUUCAGAAACUGCAGCUCAAGGCUCUGGAUACCGUUCUGUUUGGAGCUCCUAUGAUGAACAGACAUAACCAUCUGAAGGACUUCAUGCUGGUGGUGUCAAUAGUCAUCGGAAUGGGAGGCUGCUGGUUCGCUUACAUCCAGAACCGCAAUUCUAAAGACCACAUGAAGAAGAUGAUGAAAGACCUGGACAGCCUCCAACGGGCAGAACAGAGCCUUCACGACCUACAGCAGAAGCUACAGAUUGCUCAGGAGGAGCAUCGUUCAGUGGAGGUGGAGAAGGUGAAUCUGGAGCAGAAGCUGAGGGAUGAGAUCAACGCUGCCAAACAAGAAGCGCAGAGACUGAAGGAGCUCCGAGAGGGAACUGGGAACGAGUUGAGCCGACAGAAAUACGCAGAGGAGGAACUGGAGCAGGUGCGUAUGGCUCUGAAGAAGGCAGAGAAGGAACUGGAGUCUCGCAGCAGCUGGUCUCCUCCUGAAGCCCUGCAGAAAUGGCUGCAGCUCACUCAUGAGGUGGAGGUGCAGUACUACAACAUCAAGAAACAGAACGCAGAGAGACAACUGCAGGUGGCCAAAGAGGGGGCAGAAAAAAUUAAGAAGAAGAGAAAUACUUUAUUCGGAACAUUCCAUGUGGCCCAUAGUUCUUCACUGGAUGAUGUGGAUCACAAAAUACUUGCAGCCAAGCAGGCUCUGGGUGAGGUAACAGCAGCUCUGAGAGAGCGACUCCAUCGUUGGCAGCAGAUUGAGUUCCUAACAGGCUUCACGCUGGUCAAUAACCCAGGCCUGCCCUCUCUGGCCUCUGCCCUCAACCUGGACCCCAGCUUCAUGGGCGCCCGCGGCACACCCCAGCACUUCAUGUCUGAAGACAUGGAUGACAUGGAUGAGGACAUAGUGUCACCAGGAACACUCCAGUAUGCAGCGUGGCUAAUGGGCCGCCGAGCAAGUGAUCUCUGGUCUUUGAAUUCGGAUUGCCAGUCAUUUUGGAAGUACUCUGCUCCCAGUAUGAUGUCACUUCGGCAACGGCACAUUGACCCACAGCUGGCCAUGGGUUCACAGAGGUUGGUAGACAGUUGUGUUGCACUUGGUAGGCAGGAAGGGGAGGGUAGCUUGUACUCAUCCAGGUCUAGGACAGCGAUACGCCAGGCGCGCAGCCAAUCUUUUGGGCAGUUUGACGCUCUGGGACUGCCUCCCCUUUCCUCAGCAGUGUCUCAUCCUGCUAUCUACUUCGCUGCCUCAUUCCACACUCCUCACUCCUCUUCUGUCGCUACUGCCCCUCAUGCAUCCCACUAUCACUCUUCACAUUUCCAGCCCAUGGACACCAUCCCAGACCUCCCUUAUGAUGCCAGCCCAGAGCGCCUCCGCCGUUCCGGCAGCUAUGGGGACUUGAAUCGCUCUGACUCCGAUUCUUCCUUGGUUAUAUCCCAGACUGGAGAGCAGUUACGCCUGUCCUACAGUUCCAAAGGCUUCCCAGUGAGGCCCACUUCACUCCUGCAUGGCCCCAUUUCACGCUCUGAAGAGGGAGCCCACUCCCACGCACACAACGGAGGCAACAGAGUUCACGAUGGGGGCGCAUCUCCAGAUGGAGUUCCUGAUAGUCCUAUAUUAAUGAAGAAGGUGUAUAGCAUAGAGAAAUCUGCCAGUAUGAGUGAGAUCCACGGCUCCCAGGCAGGGAUGACCAUGUCAGAAUCCUCACGCUCCUUAAGCCCAAACUCCUCUGAGCCUGAUACAGCAUCCCCCAUUGGACUGACUGGGGGGAAGGCUGGAAACCGCAUACCCCAGAUCUCCUCAAAAAAGAGCCCCCUAGAGGAGGACAGUGGCUCCACAGGUGAAGACACUGACUCUGUUGCCAGUCGCAAGAAACAUACCUUCAAGAUCUUCAAAAAACAGAAGAAAUAAGACAACUGGACAACGGUUUUGUUUUUCCCUUAUUUUUCUUUGUUGUAUUGUUGAGAUAAAUGUUUUUUAUUAAUUUUUUUCCCCAAGUUAUGGCACAACCAAACACCUUUCCAAGGUCUUUAUAGAAAUGUUUGCUUUUUCAGAGGAACACUUAGGAACAAGCAUGAUUUUGGGGUAGGAUGGGAACAAAACACCAGUGGGAAAAGGGAGGAACUUUUUUGGGGGAAUGUAAUGCAUUAUUUAUUCAGCAGGAGACAGUGCCAGACUUUCAAAGAAAUCUUCCCUCUGAUGGACGUUUCUUUCCUUGUAUAAUCUGUAUCAGUUUGCAUGUCUUCGCCUUUGUUUGAUUGAACUUUGAAUGCUCCUA